CCGUUGAAAAAAUGGCCGCUGAAUGUAAACAAUAACAAAGUGCUGUCGGUUGUGGCGGACAGUGUCACACGAAAAAAUACCAGCUUUUCUCUCGAACAUGCAUUUUAUUGCAUUUUAGUCAUAGAUGAGAACUUUGCAUAGACGUUUAAACGUCUAACAAUAAGGUGCUCUAUUAUACUGGCGUUAAAAGUCUAAAGAAGUAACUGCCUGAACUCUGUUUUGUUGCCCAAGUCUGUGUCCACUCAAUACAUGAACAAUGUCGUUCUCGUCAUCUCAAGAAGAGAGGUUUUCAGCAAUACUGCAGCCCAUAAGAGACCUUGCCAGAAAUUGGGACAUUGAUAUUGCCCAUUAUUUGGAAGAGUAUUUAGAAGAUCUGGAAAAAGUGGAGAUAACCUUUGAUGAUGGCAGUACAACUAUGAACUUUUCCGAAGCCGCCUUGCUGAUUCAAGGCUCUGCAGGAGUGUAUGCGAAAAAGGUAGAAUAUUUGUAUGGGCUAGUGUUUCAAGUUCUUGACCUGGUGACUCAGAAGAAGAAGCAGAAAAAUAAAUCCGGAGAAGAGGGAGAGGAGAAUGGAGGGGAGGAGGACAAUUUUGCUGAUGACGAUCAGUUCCUGCUGUUGGAUGACAUUGAAGAAACUGAAGGUUCUUACAUGAAGGAAGUGGACACAUCUACAAGCAAGCAACAAAGGAGAAGUGGUGGGCAACUACUUUGACUUCAUCAUCAACACGGGUCACACGGGCAAAGACAGCAGCCUGUCCUUGGAGCUAGGAGAUCGGGCGCUUCUGGACAUGGCAGCGAUACAUCAGAACAGACUGCAGGACUUGGCGGAAGAAGACCUCAGUGGUUGCAGAGGAGAUUUUGCUCCGCCUGUGUCUGACGAUGUGGAAAUGGAUGAUCUCCCCUUACUCCCCGUGGACGAUGGAGGUGAUGCUGACAUGGGAGACGAUUGUGGAGGGCUGGAUGCGCCUGGUCAGAAAUCUCAGUCUGCGGAUGAGAGAAAUGCUGCACUCCGAAAAUCAAGAAGGAAACGAGUAACUUUUGCAAGACCAGAGCCAAAACAGGUGUUCGAUAAAUGGGCUUUACUGGAUCCACAUGACAAAGGCAAAGCUGCUGAAAAGCCUUUAAAGAAAAAAAUACCAUAUAAAAUUCCAGCGGGCCUGGAAGAUGAUACGUCAAGAAAACGAAAAAUAAAGGUUGAAAUAAAGAAAGAGCUUCCACCGAUAAAUGAAGUGGUUGAAAAAAUGUUUUCCAACAGAUCCAGUUUCCCAAAGAAUCCCUUGAAAAUUCCCGACUUCCCAGAGCUGGAUGGAGCGUUUUGGAAAGAGUACAAACUCCGGGAAAAGAUCAAGAAAGAGGAGAUUAAGAUGCUGAAAAUGGAAGAACAACUGGAGGAGCUAAGCCUUGAAGCUGAAGCGGAGGAAGAGCUCAGGGAUGAAGAAUUUCCUCAUGAUGACCUUGACAAUGCGGCUGACGAUGAUGAGAUUCCGGUUAUUCAGCUCGACACCGAUGCGUUUGGAUCUGACCUUGAACAUGGGCGACGUUUUAUUAGCUCAGACAUGGGUUAUCAGACAGGAUUCUCUGACGACAUCACUCUGAGCUAUGAAGAGCUGGUCAGAAGACAUGUUGAGCAGUUUUUAGCCAGUGCCAGUGAAUAUGCGCAGCUGACAGAUUUAUCUAAAAAAGUAUCCGAAUGGGAGGAGAAAAUUAAGCCACGACUGGAGGAAGAGGAAAAGCACGAGGCAUUCGACAUCCACAAGUAUGGCACCCAGGUCAUUGAACAGUUGGUCCGUGGUGAGACCAGGGCCUUUAAAGAACUGGUCCAAGGAAAGCCGCAGUUUGAAGUUUGCAGAUGUGCGCUGGCAACUUUGCAACUGGCUAAUGUCUACAAUGUCGAGCUGUCAGUGGUACCGGACAAAAACGGCUGCAUCAUCGACCAACUAUAUGUAACUCUCCUCUCUACCAAGCGCCACUUCGAGGAACUGGAAGAGUACAGGGCACCCUCUGUACAUGAUGUGAAAGACUCAUAGCAUCGGGAGCUGGGGGAGGGGGGGGGUGAGAGCGGUUGGCAAAGUUGUGGUGGUUGGAAGGGGGGGAGUGGCAAAGUGGUGGUGGUUGGAAGCAUGCAGGUGGGGGGGGGGGGGGUGUAUAGUGAACAGACCUGCCAAGUACUCGGAUAAAAUUCGAGUUCUCCGACUAUUUGUAACCCGUCGAAGAACUAUUGGAUUAACGUAAAUUCCUCCUUUUUUUUUUUUUUUUUUCUUUUUCUUUUUUGGGAUUGAAUUCUAUUUCCGUUGAUCAUGAACAAUUUAUCAUGAAUGAUGUGAAACCUCACAGAUUUAUCUGCAAUACUGGGGCGAUUUAUUGUGAGUGACAUAAAAAUACACAUUCUUUCUUAUUUGGAGUUAAUUUACAAUACACGUUUAUUUGCCACAGUUAGUUUGUACUGUAAUCUUUAAUCUACUAAGGUUCUGGAGACUCAUGAUUUUUUUCCCCCCAAACUCCAAUUUUUUGAGAAUAUACUUUGAGGGAAACUCCUGUUUUUGGUCAUGGAGGGGUUUUUGGCAGGUCUGCGUUAACUCUUUCUCUACUAAGCUGUCCCCGUCGUUUUAUGCAAGAAAAACUCCUGAAAUUAUUUAAACCAAGCGAUUCUGUUAAUUUUAACAAAGCGUGAUAAAGGAAAAUAAUAAGAAAUUAUGCAAAAAAUGAUCAAGUUUUGCUAAAUUAUACGAGGUGCAUUAAACCACGGGGACAGACUAAGGGGGUUUCCCUCACCUGUACUGGGCCUUGUCUGCGACCUACUUUCUGCUUCUGCCUAUCCUUGGAAAAAUUAAAGAUUUUUACAUUCAAUUUUCAAUAAUAGCCACAUGUAUUAUAUAUAUAAAUAUAUAUGAAAACGAAAGGAAAAUAAUUAUCUAUCUCAGGAUGUUGCUAGAAACGAUCAUUCUUCAGCCUGAGAUUUCAAUUUUGAUUAUUGUUACUAUUGUUAAAGUAAGUAAGGUUCUUGAAGCAAGAAAUGGAGAGCCGUGAGACAUGGCUCGUGGUCCAGCGUUUGGAAUAACACGAGCCGUGAAACAUAGCCCACCGGUAGUGAAAGUGUCAGGGACAGAAGAUAACAUAUAUAAUGUAUGCCUUGUACUUGUAUAGAUUACAAUUGAAUAUGUGUGAGGUGUUAUUUGUUAAUGCAUAAUGGUUUUUUUAUCAUUCCUACACACGCAC